UUUCACUCUCACUCACUCUCAUUUUCAACUUGUCCUCGGCUCUUAUUUUGUUCUAGUGAGUUCUAACGGCCAUUUUGUCCUUCGCGUCCUACUUCUCUGCGUCUUCAUGCUUCGCAAUCAAUCUUCAUCCUCAACAGUACCCAUCAUGGCCGCCAACACUGCGUCUGUAAGGGUGCCAAGCGACAACAACACAUCCAUCAGUUCCCCGCCCGCGAGUCUGAAGCCUUCCGUUGAACGGCUCUCCGCGAUCGAUCGCGAUGCUGUCCGCAAAGAACUUGGUGCGCCUCUGGACUACAAUGAAACUCCUCCCGAGAACUCCAAAGACGCGAAAAAGCUUCCUCCCCAUGGGCUCUACAAGUUAGCUUUGGGCAUGGAGAACCGCGCUUCGAUGCGUUACUACUUCAUCAUGGUCCUCUACAACUUCUGCGUUAUACUCCAACUCAUUCUUGGUGCUACCCUUACAGCCCUCGCUGCUGUUGGUUCAGCAACAACCGAUAAGACUGGGGUUUCGAUUACAGUUAUAGCUGCGGCAAACACGGUCAAUGCAGGUGUCAUCGCGUUGUUACAUUAUCUUCGGCGAAACUGUCAUGUUGGAUGUACCAAGAACAAAUGCUUACGACACCUUGACCAACAGAACAGCGGAUUUCCCCAACGUUUACGAAGUGACAUGAACGAGUAUUCGAAAGUGGUGCAAUACAUAGAGAAGUUGUUUGAGACUGGCAAUGUACCUGUUGGCAUGACCAAGGACGAGGCUGUCAACUCAGCUUGGGACAAGUACGAUGAAGCCAGGGCGACGGUAGAGAAGAAUCAACCGACUUAUUAUGUUGGACAGACCCCGGCAACGGCAGCCCCAGCUGCGAAAGCAUCUCCUGGGGAUCUAGUUUAGCCUAUGAUCGGGAGGUUAAAGAAGGGGUGAAGGGAGUUUGGAGUCAGUAUUCUAGGGAUACCAAUGUUGUUCUAAGUGAUUGUUUU